CCACAAUGCAGUCCCAUCUAACGUUGCGCUGUCGCACAGGGAGUGCUGCGGUUGGACGUGCCGGGGGCAUACAUUUUGCAGAUGUGAACUUUUUUUCCAGUCUUUGCUAAAGUUUUCGUUCUUGCUCACGCAAACGCUGAAAAAGUGCCCUAAAAAUGGCAGUCCUAAAUAAUUUAACGAAAACAUGCUGGAGGAACUUUCAGGGCGAUCAGUUGAAUAAGCAGCUGUUCUUCGCUGUGCGUUCCUUACACAAGUCAGUAACCAGCGAGGCUUUGGGGGUCUCUGCAACAGAAGAGGAGGCCAUGUCCAACAGACUGACCAAGCCGUCGGAGGUCAGCGAUAAAACCAAAAUCAAGACCCUGAAGGAGAUGCCCGGACCGAACACCGUGUCCAACUUGAUCGAGUUCUUUUGGAAGGACGGUUUUAGCAGAAUCCAUGAAAUUCAGCUGGAGCACACGCAGAAGUAUGGAAAAAUCUUCAAGACUCGUUUUGGGCCCCAGCUGGUGGUCUCCAUUGCCGAUCGUGACAUGGUGGCUCACGUGCUGAGGGCAGAGGGGGUGACCCCUCAGAGGGGUAACAUGGAUUCCUGGAAGGAGUACAGAGAGCUGAGAGGCCGGUCCACUGGCCUUAUCUCAGCUGAGGGAGAACAAUGGCUGAAGAUGCGGAGCGUGCUCAGACAGCUCAUCAUGCGACCCCGUGACGUUGCAGUCUUCUCUGAUGACGUAAACCAAGUGGUGGAUGACCUCAUCAAGAGGGUCUGCACUCUGCGCACCCAGCAGCCGGAUGGAGCAACUGUACUCAAUAUAAAUGACCUCUUCUUCAAAUAUGCUAUGGAAGGUGUGGCUGCUAUUUUGUACGAAUGCAGACUAGGAUGUUUGGAAACUGUAGUGCCCAAGAACACCCAGGACUACAUCGCUGCACUGAACCUCAUGUUCAGCUCCUUUAAGACAACCAUGUAUGCUGGAGCGAUCCCUAAGUGGCUCCGAACUCUCAUCCCCAAACCAUGGGAGGAGUUCUGUCAGUCCUGGGAUGGUCUGUUCAAAUUCAGCAUUGUUCAUGUUGAUAAGAGGCUCUCAGAGAUCAAUGCCCAGCUGCAGCGGGGAGAGGAGGUGAAGGGGGGACUGCUUACACACAUGCUCGUUACCAGGGAGAUGAGCACUGAGGAGAUCUACGCUAAUGUAACGGAGAUGCUGCUGGCUGGGGUCGACACGACAUCCUUCACCCUGUCGUGGGCCUGCUACCUGUUAGCGCGACACCCUCAUAUACAGCAGCAAAUCUAUACAGAAAUUGUAAAGAAUCUGAAGCCUGGAGCAGUCCCCACAGCUGAUGAUGUCCCUAACCUGCCUCUCAUCAGAGGGCUCGUCAAAGAGACUCUCAGGUUUUUCCCAGUUCUCCCAGGCAAUGGACGGGUUACCCAGGACGACUUGGUGGUUGGCGGAUAUUUAAUCCCCAAAGGGACUCAGUUGGCCCUGUGCCACUAUUCCACAUCUUUGGAAGAAGAGAACUUUGCUGAUGCUUUAGAUUUCCAACCGGAUCGCUGGAUACGGAAAGAUACCACAGAUCGUGUUGACAACUUUGGCUCCAUUCCCUUUGGCUAUGGUAUCAGAAGCUGCAUUGGGAGGAGAAUUGCAGAGCUGGAGAUGCAUUUAGCUCUCACAAGGCUCAUUCAAAAGUUCCACAUUCGCCUGUCUCCUCUCACUCCUGACAUCAAAGCCAAAACCCAUGGCCUGCUCUGCCCUGGUGCCCCCAUCCACCUGCAGUUCGUCGACAGGGAACUGGAUGCACUCUCUUCUUGAGGCCUGCUGUACUGCAUGUUGGUAAACUGCAGAAAGCAUAAGAAGUUUUAUAAACACACUUUUAGCACAACCUCUGCUUUUACAUUUUAGAUACUGAGGUUUAAAUCAGGAAAGAAAUGUGUUCACUAGUGACCUGGGACACACAAAUACAAGCUGUAAAACUAUGUGAGAAUAUUUGACCUUAACGAGAAUCCACAUUUUUGGACUUUUACUACUUCCAUCAUUCAAUUCAAAGUGGAAACAUAAACUGAUCUAUACAUUCUGAUUGUAUCCUCUUACACGAUUGUGCAUAUAAACAUGCAGAAAUUCUUUUUCAUCUGAGGUUGAAAUUCAUUAAGUGUGUUAAAGUUGUGAAUAUACUGAAAAUGAGCUUAGCUGAGUGAUAUAUAACAAGCUUUAUUCAAUCCCUGUUGUCUGUUACAAACCAAAUUAUUUUUUUUUUUCUUUUUCUUUCAACUGAAUUUUUUUUUUUUUUUUGCUGAAUUUUUUCCAGAAUUCCUGCUGAGGAACUGCAAUCAUUUACCGAAAAGGCAUUACAUGACUUUAUUCUAUGUACUGUAUAUCUCUGAAUCACAAACAAGAAAUGGUUUUUAAUAUUAAAUGUCAAGUCAUGAGCUACAAGUAAUGAAUUCAACUAAAUGAAAAGUAAAAGUAUUCCACUAAUCAAAUGCAUAUCUUGUUCACACAGUGUUUGAAUCAAAGAAUGUGGUUAGAAUUUUUGGUUUGCAUGCUGUUUGUGUGAAAGUUUUUACCCGGAUGUGUUAUUGCUGUUUUUGUUUUAAAGAUUGGGAAAGUGUGUGUUACAGUACAGUUUGUUGGAAAGGCAAGUUGUUCGUUUGUGUCAGUAUGAAGAAUCUCACUGGUUGGCAAAGAGGAAAAACACUUAAGUUUUUAUGUACUUUUUAGUUUCUUUGUAGCUCCAGUGAAACUGGGAAUUAAUAAAAUGAUUUAUUACAUUAAA